GCGACGUCACACCUUCUGGUCGCUCAAGAUUCGCUACGCGGAGCAAGAGUCCGUCCCCGCCGCGGAGAUAAAGGCACUAUUCGAGACGGCGAUCGCCAAAGGCAUGUCGACGUACAAAGACGCGGAGGCGCUGUGGUAUGGUUACUUGGAAUUCGUACGCCGGCGCACGCACUUCGAGAACCCCGAGCAAGUCGAGACUCUGCGCCAGAACUUUCGCCUUGCUUGGGACUCGCUGGCCGAGACGUGGGCAGAUGAGGCAAAUGAUUGCGAGAUUCCGCUUUUCUGGGCGCGACUUGAAUACAACCGGAUUAAUGACCAUAAGCAAGGCAAAGACAUCUUCGAAGAGAUAUUCCAGUAUGGCGAGAACAAAUCAAUGUCAAAGUACUGGGAGGCAUUAAUCGCAUUGGAGACUACCCGCAACCCUCCGAUGUCUGAGAACAAGAGGCGGGAUCUAUACAGGCGCGCGUUACGCUAUAUCACGGACUACCCGCCGGCUGUUGCUAGGCUGUGGAUGGACUACGAGCGCGACUACGGAAGCUUGGACACUACGGGCGAGUGCUACGACGUAUGCGAGUCAAAAAUCCACGAAUGGCGCGAAUCUUACCAGGCGAUGAAAGAAAAAAUGAUGGGCAAGAGGCAAAAGGGCAAACAACCGGACAAAAAGUCGAAAUACGACAAGAAAAAGAAGGGGAAAGAAGAGGAACAACCAAAGAACAAAGCCAAAAGGAAAUCAGACGAUCGUGUUGGGGGCACAGACAGAGAGUUGAAGAGAAAGAGGGAAGAUGAUAAGAAAGUGGAGAGUGGGAAAAAGAUGGAAGCUACGGCUUCGGGCAGUGGAGUCAAACGACCGCACGGCGACGAGGACAAAAAGGAAGAGACUGAGAAUAAACGCCAGAAGACUGAGGAGUCGAGCAGCGCGCGCGCCGCCAGCCGCGAGGCCUGCACGCUGUUCGUCAGCAACCUCGAGUUCAAAGUGGAUGAAAACAAGCUCCGGGACACAUUGUCAAAAUACGGCGACAUCGUGUCGCUACGAGUCAAGACUGGCGUCAAGGCGUUCGGCGGCUCCAUCUGCUACUGCCAGUACAAAACAGUGGAGUCCGUUGAUGAAGCCCUAAAACACGACCGGUCACCUCUAGAGGGCAGGCCCAUGUUCCUCUCCCGCUAUUCCUCCAAGAAGGGCAAGGCUUCCUUUAAGUACUCCACGGCCCCUGAGAAGAACAAGCUAUUUGUGAAGAAUCUACCCUACACGCACUGUACUAAGAAAGCGUUGACUGACGUGUUUCAACAGUUCGGCGCGCUGAAGGACGUCAGGAUUGUCACUUUCAAAGACGGCAAGCCAAAAGGCCUGGCCUACAUAGAGUAUGAAGACGAGGCGUCAGCUGCGAAAGCGCUAGAAGAGACAAACGGAUCACUGAUGGGCGAGAGGACCGUCGAAGUUGCUUUCAGUGCGCCGCCGCCUAAAGAUAAGGAUCCUGCGUCUGCACCUACGCUCGGGCAGCCUAAACGCGAGACUGGGAAGGGCAUGAGGCGAACGCAACUCAGCAGCUUCAUCCCUAGCGUGCUUCAGAAGGCCACGCCCUCAACCAGCGGAGCCGGCGCCAGCAGUUCCAAUGCCAAUGGCUCCGCGAACGGCUCCGCCAAUGGCUCCGACGCCAAGCCAUCCAUGUCCAACACAGACUUCAGGAACAUGCUCCUCAAGAAGUGAACUCGACCCUAGCGCGUAAGGAACAAACCACAUUUUUGUAUGAGACGAUUGUUGCGGUGAAACAUACUAGUCUACAGACGGACUUAAUUUUAUUAUCUGCCAAUAUGAUUGUGUUGCGGGAACGAUAGACGAUUUGUGUAACAAUUUUGUAAUUUGUAAUGCUGCUUACUUACUCAUAUACUACCUAUUUAGAUAUUUUCUCGUCGUUUGAUUCACAUCACAUACACGUUAUAUUUCAAUUAUGGAUAGAUUUUCUUUUAGGUCGACAAGUGGAUUCUUUAGGAAAUUAAAAGUUUAAACUUAUUUUAGGUUUAUUUUUUGUAAAUUUAUUAUUCAAAAACCACUCCACAUUUUCUGUUCUGAGUUGAUUUCAAAACUUCUUUAUUAUUUAGUCUGGCAUAAGCAAAAAGUUUUAAUAAUUGUGUUUAUUUACUUGAGAAUUUUAUUAUUACUUUUGUUUUGAAGAUUUGUUUUAAAAAUCUUUGAAAAUAGGCUUAAUAGUUCUAUCAUGAUGGCAAUCCUGGGGUUGUGUUAUUCUCUAAACUGAUUAAUCUAUUUCACUUCUUAAUGAUAGAAUAUUUCAAAGACUUUUUUAUUUCGUUGACUAAAUGCACACACUGUUGUUUUCCCGUAUAGGUUUUACACUUGGGUGAACAAAGUGGAAUAAAUCCUCGCGGCCUCAUAUGGAUUGGUAGGCAAGGUAAAAAACUAUUUUUUUACCAAUUUUUCAUAGGACCCUUAAACUUGGGAAUGCAAAUGUAUGCAGUAUGCACUCAGGAAUCUUCAGCUCAACCCCAGAAUAAUAAGUGAGAUAAUAAGAGUGCUCUACGUGAACGAGCCUUCACUACCUUUUUUAGUUUAGAGAAUGGAACAACAGAAUCGCCACCACAUUUUUUUUCUAUAAAACUGGAUAAUUACUUACCCCCUUACUAAUAAAAAGUUACACAGUUGUUGAUCACUGUUUUAAAAUGACAUUUCCAUACUAAACGUCACUUUAAAACACUGUUCAACAAGCGUGUAAGUUUUAUUAGUAAGAGGGUAAAUGUUUAUGAAAGCCUAAUGGCUGGGCAUUACCUCUAUAAACGUGUGAGCUAAAUAUACUAGUUUGUAAGACAUUAUUAUAAUGAAUACCGUGUUGUAUUUACGAAUACAGAUUUUAUUAGUUUUAUUUUUUUCGGGAGGUCGUGUUAUUUUUAAAAAGACUGGUUUCGUUUGUCAAAUUUUAAUUUUAAAUCUUUUCAGAGUGGAUUUUUUUAAAAUAAUAGUCUAUUAAUAAUAAAGUUUAUAGGGUGUGACGGACAGUUUAAAAAUUAAUAAACCACCUGGCUCCAACUUCGUAUUCAAAAUAUUUAUGCACUGUGUUACAUACAUAAAACUUAAAAUAUCAUGGCAUCUUAUGUAAUCGUAAGCUCCAGGCUCGUCGUUGUGCUCGCCCCGUGUUUUAAAAUGAUUUCAUUGUGCCCGAGGAGUACUUACUAAGCGUUCUAAAAACAUUCUAAAACUACAAUGUAUAUAAUUUAUCUCUAAAAAUAGCGUCGAAUUUGUCCCUUACACCCUGUGUGUUGUCUCAACUACACACCAUAAUGUACACAGAAAUACAUAAACAGAUAUGUUUAAUCUGAGAAUGGUUAAGAUGAUUAGUAAUAUUUAUCGGAAAAACGUUUUUGAUUUAAAAAUAAUACCUACAUGUGUUUGAAAAUAUGUUCAUAACACUGAUUUUGUAUGACAUAAUUCCAUGUACAGAACUUUUAAAAUAAAUAAAUACAUAGUGUUAAGAUUUUUUCCAA